AAACAAUUUUAUUGUGGCCGCCGCGCAGAUUCCUUUUGCUUUUCCUCAUAGGUCUUUGAAACAUCAGGCAACGGAAGAACUGCAAAACAACAGAUCUUUGAGAAGCCAAUUCUUGAUCUAGAAGUUUAACCGCAUAACAGAAAAAGCAAUAGAAUCACACAGCAGAAGAAAGCUUCAGAAGAACAAAAUCUAAUUGAAAUGUUGAAACACCUCUUCCAAAUCGCCGCUGGCCGUGUUCAGAGUAGCGUCGCGGAUGUCCCUUUUGCCACCAUCUUUCGCCGCCAUUGUCCUUCACCGGUUAAAAAUUUGGUUGAUUUGCAUCCAUUUGAGUUAUCUUUUUCUUUUACUUUUCAAUUUGUUAUUUUUUCCAUGUUGCAAGUGUGGAUUUUAGGAUGAAUGAGCAGCUAUGGUGGUUCUUUAUAACGGUGGGUUGGUCACUGAGGAUUGAGGAGGAUAGGUCGGCAACGAAGGAAGGAGUGGAUCCUUUGGUUUAGUUUCAUGAAUGAAUUUUUGAAUAAAUUAAAAUAAGAGACAUGUGGCAUGAUCAGGUACGUGAGAUUGAUCUAACGGGUGUGAUUGAAUAAAAAAUAUACAUACAUAUAAUAAUAAGCAAAAGAAAAUGUCAGGCGGGUGUGUUUAAAUGUAAAUAGAAGCGGGUGUGUGAUAUAGUUGAGGGCAAUUUUGUCUUUAAAAAUUUUAUGAGACACAAUUUAUGAUGUUGUUUCUUUCAAAGUAAAAUAAAUGGAGUCAAUCAUCAUUUAUUGCUCCUUAUCAUGUGCCUUAAGGGCACAAGUUAACAGCACCCAAAACAAUAUUAUUAUUAAAUUAAAAGAUAAAAUACGAAAAUGUAUAAAGUAGUAAUAAUUUUCGUAAUUGAAACGAAGACCCAAAAAACUAAAUAGUAGCAAAGUUUCAAACGAAAACCCAGAAAACUGUGAAGAAAAAGAAGAAAAGAUCGUUGCUUUCUGCUUCACUACCAUGAUGAACGGAGGCCCAUCUGGUUUCACAAAUGCUCCUGUUACAAGGGCUUUCGUCAUCGCCUCAGCGCUUUUCUCAAUUUUCUUUGGGAUCCAAGGUCGUUUCAACACUCUAGGAUUAUCUUAUCAGGAUAUUUUUGGGAAGCUUCGCAUAUGGAAGUUGAUUAUGUUCAUAUUUUCCUUCACAUCAACACCAGAGUUGAUGUUUGGACUAUAUCUGCUAUAUUACUUCAGGGUAUUUGAGAGACAAAUUGGUUCCAAUAAAUGCUCAGUGUUUAUUGUGUUCUCCAUAUUAACUUCACUUCUGUUUGAAGUAUUUGCUGUUGCACUUUUAAAAGAUCCUUCAGCAAUCCUAGUCACUCCUGGACCUUACGGCCUUAUAUUUGCUUCGUUUGUACCCUUUUUCUUUGACAUUCCCGUUUCAACACGAUUCCGUAUGUUUGGUUUCAACUUCUCUGAUAAGUCAAUCAUAUAUGUAGCUGGACUUCAGCUUCUACUGUCACAUUGGAAAAGCUCCGUCUUACCAGGGAUAUGUGGCAUCCUUGCUGGUUCCUUAUACCGUUUGAAUGUCUUUUAUAUCCGCAAAGCAAAGUUCCCGGAGUUUAUUUCAUCGUUCUUUUCACGAAUUUCCUUGCCAUCCAUCGGGGCUCCACGCACAACACCAACAAGGAAUGUUAUGGGCAAUGUACCAUCUUUCCCAGGUCGCCAAAUGGAGAGAAACUAUCCAGCUCCAAUGCAUUCUGCAGUACAACCAUCAGAGGACUCAAUUGCAACCCUUGUUUCAAUGGGAUUUGACAGGAAUUCUGCUCAACAAGCCCUAGUGCAGGCCAGAAAUGACGUGAAUGUGGCAACAAACAUCCUACUGGAGGCACAGGCCCACUAAUUCUUCUUUAAACAAAAGACGGAUUAUUCUGAAUUGAUAGAUGAAAUGCCAGUCCUUAACAAGUCUUUGAAAUUUGCUAAUUAUGACGCGAGGAUCGGGACAUUCAUCUUAUCAUCAUCCUCAAUCCUGUUGAGGAUCAUUUUUCUCAGCUUAACUUUUAAUCUUUAGAUAUAUCCAUUUUAGUACUGGUGUUAAUAGAUCAAUGAGAAUUAGGAGCCUGUACAAAUUACUUGAAUCAUAUGGAAAACAUGCUUAUCAUUUUACCAGA